ACAGCAGAAGCCAGGAGCAGAAGUGUUUGGACCAGAAGUGUAAAAAGCUGCAAUUGCUCUCGGGUUCAUUUAAAACGUUCCGGAAUAUCAAGUGACCUGCUCAUGACCUGGAUUGGUAUCGACCCAAAAUCAGCCUUGUAAGACCACCAUGGAGGAUUCCAAGACCCGAGGGAAGGACGUUGCAGAGGAUGCUGAGCUAGCAAACGCCAUCAUGGCUCGACAGUUUCACCCAUCAGUCAUGGGCCCGGAAGCCUGGGAGGGGUACCUGUUUUCAGACCUGGAGAUCCGAAUCAAAGAAUCCACGGACCUCUAUGGCGCCGUGCUGUGGCCAUCAGCCAUGGUGCUGUGCCAUUUCUUGGAAGCCAACCAGGACAAAUACAACCUGAUGGACCACAAUGUGAUUGAACUUGGAGCAGGAACUGGACUGGUGUCGAUCGUCGCCAGUUUGUUAGGAGCCAAGGUGACCUCGACUGACCUUCCAGACGUGCUGGGAAACCUCCAGUAUAACGUCACACGAAAUACAAAGGGGAACUCUAAAUAUAUCCCUCUGGUGACCGAGCUCAUCUGGGGACCAGAGGUUGAGCAGCGGUUUCCACGGGCGACACACAGGUUCGACUAUAUCCUGGCAGCCGACGUGGUCUACUGUCACCCUUAUCUGGAGGAACUGCUCAACACAUUCGACCACCUCUGUCAAGAGAAUACUCAGAUCUUGUGGGCCAUGCGUUUCCGUCUUGACCCUGAAAACCGAUUUGUGGACCGUUUUAGGGAGCGCUUCCAUCUGGAGGUGCUGUAUGACCUCCCCAGCCUCAGUAUCAAACUGUACCGGGGCUGGAGGAAGGACUCAAAAGGGGCUCCAGCUUGAAUAAUGAUUCCAGGAUCUGUUGUUUACAUUCAGUGUUUUCCAACAAACUCUUUAUGACAUGAAGGAGCUGUACGUUGUUGUUGUCCACCACACAUUGCGCAUGAUGACAAAUGCACCCCACUGGAUAUAAGUCAACAGAACGUAAACAAGCAGACAUGCGGUCUGUUUUGCCAUUCGACUUUCAAGACGUCAAAAUAGCUGCUGCGUGUCUGAAGAGGCUGAAUUUGAUAUCUUCAACUCUUUCUCUGACAAAGAUGUCAACCCCAUUCUGAG